AUGGAAAGCCAACCUUAUGAUUUUCAGUUGAAUGACGAAAACAGACGAAUCACCAUCUGCAGUAGUUAUCACAAUGAUUUAAAUAACUUCGAGCAAGACGCGAAAAUGUUAACGACUCCAAAAAUCGUUAAGAAGAUUGAUGACAUGCUUAGAAAUCCUCAAUUAGUCAAACAAUCAAAGCGAUCAUCUGUUGGAUCCGAUGCUCGACCUAUUACAGAAUUGGAUUCUCCGAACAUAAAAAUCACCACCACCACUUAUACACUCACUAACGUUCCUUCGGAUGCUCUUGCACCGGCUCCUCAAGUUAAUGUAACACACGAUUAUUAA